UCCAGUAACGUCAACAUUCUCACUCAAAAGGAAACUGUUUUACGCACACCGCGUUUUGCAUGUCUGAUUAAAUUUGCUGGUGUUAUUCAACGUUGCAUUUUCUGCACACAGGUUUAUUUAAUAACCCAGGAUGCCUCCGAAAAAGCCUGCGGCUGGACCGUCAAAAAAGGCGGAAACCAAGAAGAAGGAAAAAAUCAUUGAGGAUAAAACUUUCGGUUUGAAGAACAAAAAGGGAGCUAAACAGCAGAAGUUUAUAUCGCAAGUAGAGAAACAGGUCAAAAGCGGUGGACAGCAUAAUUUAACUCAGAAUCCAAAUGCAAAGAAGGAGGAGAAGGAGAAAAAGUUAAAGGAACAGAAGGAGUUGGCUGCACUUUUCAAGCCGGUCCCAUCGCAGAAAAUCGAGAAAGGCGUUGAUCCUAAGUCGAUUCUUUGUGCAUUCUUUAAACAGGGUACUUGUACCAAAGGCGACAAAUGUAAAUUUUCCCAUGAUUUGUCCAUAGAGCGGAAGGCGGAGAAACGAUCAAUCCACGUAGAUAUGCGCGAUUCCGAGAACGAUACGAUCGAAAACUGGACCGAGGAAAAACUGGCCGAAGUGGUGGCCAAGAAACACGCAAAGGAAAAGAACAUGCCAACGACUACUAUUAUCUGCAAGUAUUUUUUGGAUGCGGUUGAACGUACGCUGUACGGCUGGUUCUGGGAAUGUCCCAACGGCGAGAAGUGCAUAUAUCGCCAUGCAUUGCCUCCUGGUUAUGUGUUGAAAAAGGACAAGAAGAAAAUGGAAGCAGAUAAGGAGGAAAUUUCACUGGUUGAUUUGAUCGAAACGGAACGUGCUGCUCUUGGAGCGAACCAAACUCGGGUCACGCUUGAAACAUUCCUUGCCUGGAAGAAGCGUAAACUACAGGAGAAGAAGCAACGCGAGAUUGAUGAUGAGGAACGUAAAAGAAAGGACUUUAAGGCUGGUCGCCAGAACGGACUCUCCGGCCGGGAAAUGUUUAGCUUCAAUCCCGAGUUAGUUGAUUUUGGAAUGGACGAGGGUGAAGAUGCGAUCGAAUGUUACGGUAGAAAUGAAGAGGAUGACGAUGCUACCGAAUAUAAGGAGCUAGAUUUAAAUAUGCUUUCAUUGUCGAUUAAGGAGGUGGAUAAUACUGGUACCGUGGCUGAUACGGAUCGUUGGGAAAAGAUGAACAAGAGCAAAUCUGCGGCUACAAACGGCGAGGUAGAGGAUGGUGCAGCGGCAGCAAUUGGUGGAUCAGCAGAUGCGGCUCCUAUAAAUGAGAAUCUAUUCCUCGAAGAGGAUCUCGAAGGAAUCGAUGACGAGCUAAGCGACGAUGACGAAGACGACGACGAUAACGACGAUAGCCGGCAAAGUGGAAAAUCGUGAUACAAAUUUUUGGAGAAAAAUCAAUGAAACAUUAGUCGAUCGUUACAUUGUAAGGCGAUGCUAUAAACAAUGGAUGCCCUUGAGUUGUGUAAAGGCUAAUAUUCUAGUAUGAGUGUUCGGAAUGCAUCCCACAAUUAAACGUAAACAGUUAAA